UACGCGCGUCAAGUAAGGCUAGUUUGUGAUUAGCUCGUAGCAUGAGAAGUUACGAGAGUUUUAUAAGAGGACGAGUAGAAGUUUAGGCGCGUAAAUGAAUAUUUUAUUUAAACGUUGUGUUUGCGUAUGUGCCUGGCUUAGUGAGUUUUAGUGAAAAGCAAAUGUGCAGUAGUGAAGUGUCAAAAUAAGAAAACCAAUAAUUGCUAAGAGAUAAUAAAAAACGUCAUAAUAUGACAACAUAUUUUGCUAAUGAGUAUGCGCUUUUAUGAUAAGUUCAAACAGUUUUUUAAUUUGGUGCAUAAACAAUGAAUUCCAGCUUAUUACCUUCGCACACCUAUUAUGUACGUAGCGCGUGUUCGUCGUUGCGCGUACAGCUCCACAUCCUCUGUGGGUUUGUAUUGGGAUUCCUAAUGGCGCUUUGCACGCUAUUACUAUACAAUCGCUACCAACUCGAGACGGCCGCGCAACGUCAACACAUCACUGCCACAGAUAAUUGGCAAACGGGUUACAUGGUAGCCUUGCAAGAGGUGGCGACCGAGGCCGAUACGCUGCAACAGCAACUCAGCAAGGAGGUGCGUGUUCUUUGUAUGGUGUUAACAUCGCCCGAGCAGCAUGCGAGCCAUGCGCAACAUGUUAAAGCGACUUGGGGCAAACGUUGCACGCGGAUGAUAUUCAUAAGCAGUGAAGUUGAUGAAGAGUUGGGCGCUGUGGCGGUGGUGGCGCGUGAAGCGGACACCUACGAUGAGUUGUGGAAUAAGACACGCGAGGGAUUCCGCUAUGUGUAUGAGCGUUAUUAUGACGAAUAUGAUUGGUUCGUUAAGGCGGACGAUGAUACGUAUAUGGUGAUGGAAAAUUUACGUUAUAUGCUUUACGCCUAUUACCCGCAGACUCCAAUAUACUUCGGCUACCAGUUGGUUCGAUAUGGUGUGCCGUACAUGUCUGGUGGCGCUGCUUACGUGCUUAGCAAAGAAGCCCUGCGACGCUUUAUGACUACAGCAUUUUACAACACCUCCAUCUGCCCGCGUGCACAAAAAUUUGGCAUUGAGGAUUUUUACAUGGGUAUUUGCUUGCAAAAUGUUGGCGUACGUCUUGCCGAUGCACGUUUCGCCUUGAGCACCGAUAAUAAACCAAAAUUUAUGCCACUUGACCUAAACACCUACAUGAACACAGAUAAUGCAACUGAAAUAUCCGAAUGGCUGCUCACAAUGACGCCGCACACAGUUGAAAGUGGCUUGAACUGCUGUUCCAACUACUCGAUUGCCUUCCAUUACACAAAUCCGUGGCGCAUGUAUUUGUAUGAGUAUUUUAUUUAUCAUUUACGAGCGUUUGGUGUACCACAACGUGCGAUGUCUUUGCCAUCCAAAUUAACGCUGGAGGAGGUGACGCGUUUGUUUCCCAGCAAUUACAGUGCAGAUAGCAAACCGAUAGUGGAUUUAGCAGCACAAAACUUACCAGAUAAUUUUUAAGUAGGUUUUAAAAUGUGAUAUUGAUUACUGAAU